CUAGUCAACUUUCAAAAGUGGGUCUUUGAUGAGCGUAUAUAAAUACAACUUCACUCAUUCUGCAUCCCCACACAAUCCAAAACACUGAUCGAUAAUCACAGUUCAAAGUUGAGAGAGAGAGAGAGAGAGAGAGAGAGAGAUGAGCGGCAGCGUCGCACCUGAAGAAGGAGAUGCAAUGCGUGUGAAUGUGAGCCGACUACCUGGGUUCGGAUUCUCCCCCACUGAUGAGUUACUGGUCAGCUACUACCUGAAGAACAAGAUAGAGGGGACGGACUCCCAUUUCCGCCACGUCAUCCCUGAAAUCGAUGUCUGCAAGUACGAGCCCUGCGAUAUUCCUGCAUUCUUCCCAGAAGUUCAUGGGAAGGAGUGGUUCUUCUUUAGCCGGCUCGAUUACAAGUACAACGGCACUCGCUGCAACCGGACCACGGGUCAAGGCUUUUACAAGAUCACAGGAAUGGAUCGUAAGAUCAGGGCUGAAGAAUCCAAAGCUGUGAUUGGGAAGAAGAGGAUUCUGACAUUCUACGAAGGUCGUCUGCCGAAAUCAAAGAAGACCAAUUGGGUACUCCAUGAGUAUAAUCUCACAGAAACUAAGGUGAGUUCUAAACCCACCAAGCAGAUGAACUUUGUCCUCUGGCGCCUGAAGAACAUGUCAGCUAGUUAUAAGAAGCCGAAGGGUGAUCCAAUCCACGGCGAAUUAGCUGAUACAGGUGCUACCUCGGAAGAUUAUCAAGCUGCUGUAAGUGACGUGAUUGCAGAGCCAGUGGAACAGCUGGGAUAAUCCUUUGAUAACCUUCAGAUUAAAACUCUGAUCUCUAGUAAAUAUGGCUUUAAUUAAUUUCCCUGCAUCAGCUGCUGCGUUCCUGUGCAGCAUUUCUGCUUUUCCUGUAAACUUUUCAUGUUGUAUUGUUGUUAAUGUUGUUUACUUAAAACCUAUUAAUCUCAGUGGAAUUUUGUGUGUUAUAUUA